AUGGCAUUCGUUAAUGGUACAAUAAAUAGAUCUCGGUCUUGUGAGGAAGUACCUCUCAACACGGACCUCGGUCAAUCUAAUUAUACCAAUCUUCAAGGUUCAAAAAAUCUUUCGGGACCUCAGGGAAAGUUCAGGGGGUUCGGAAGUCACUAUGAAAUCUACACUUCCAAAUCUCUUAAUGAUAUACUAGACUAUCAGAUGCACUCAGGGAAUAAGACGCACACACUUCAUCGACAUAAAAGUUCGUCGGGGUUGCUUUUGAACGAUAAUUUUUCAAGCAAUGCUUCGUCGUCCGACAGUUUGAAUGAUGUAAACUAUGAAAACGGACAUUCAGACGAAGAAAAUCUUCCUGGUGCACGCAAACGUCAUGGUCUCCGUGAAGUUACUGACAAUUCAGAUGACGUCUCAGGGAAGAGCGUGAGUCUGGUACACUCAUGUAGUGAUUUCAACAGUUAUUGGAGUGAAAACGAGGAAGGUCAUGACGUCAGGAAUAGUGACGAUUCUGCUGUGAAUAGUGUGCUAGACGGUGUAACCGAACUUCAUGUUAAUGAAAAAGAAAAUAAUUCGUUACCGCAGGAAGGUACUGAUGCUGCAGACAUAGAUUUUGACGUUGAUGCUGAUCAGGACAAAACAAAUCCAGCGUACAUACCACGAGGUGGGAGGUACUAUAUGCAUGACCAUCGUACACUAGAAGAAGACGUUGUAGUGGUUAAAAAGCGAGAAAGUAACCGACGAUGGCAGCAUGACAAAUUUAAUUAUUAUGAUCAAGCCCCAAGGUCUACAGAGGAAAUCAUAUGGAGGUAUGGGUACGAUAUUCGUAAAGAAAACAUAUGUCCGUUGGCAAAUAACUCUGAUCCUAAUGAUGGAAGUAACGUCCCUACGACAACCUCCAUCUCCUGCGAGACUAAUGAGACAUACCAUUCUUCACAUAGACCGAGUGAAGUAACCAGUACCAAAGUGCGAAACAGUGUGUUGUGCGGUAACGAAAGUCAAAAGCGUUCUGCUAGAACCCAAGGAAAAACCAUCACAUACUCUAGCAUCAAGUAUAAUGGUUAUAGCCGCUUUACAAAGAGCGACUGCUAUGGACGCAAUUUCUCCACACGGAAAGAUUCAGUUACGGAUGAGUUUCAAACUCAAGCUUCUUCAAGGCCCAUAAAAGAGGAUUCUGUAUCUGGAACUAAUGUGCAUCGCAGUCAUCCUACUCCAACCCUUGAUAUGAAGCCUGCUUAUUCAACUAACACACAUGAUUCAUAUUGUAAACAUCAACAGGGUUUAAACCAUUCAUAUUACACAUCCAGCUCCAAUCUUUCCAGACGUAAUAGGGAAGACUCGUCAAAGCCCCCAGUCUCAAACUAUCAGUAUGUCAGUAAGAAACAGGCCAUUAACUUCGCUCCAGUAAACACAAAAAUCAGAAGAGUUUAUAAACCUCAAGUAAUAAAACACUCAAGUCACAUCCGCGAACAAGUAAAACGUGGAGAAAGAGUUCCGAAACGGUAUUCUGCUGUCCGACAAAAUGUAUCUAACAUUGAUUCAUCUACCGAUAAAAAAACGCCAUUGCAGCUUCCAUCUCCUGUACACACUGAAGAGUCGUGUGGUUCUGUUGACGUUAAGGACUUAGUGGUUACAAAGUUAAGCACCCCAGGGAAUGUAGAUGAGGUUACUCAACUACAUAAAUCUGCAGCGGACUGUAAAGACGUAAUUGCAACUCAAGAUCAGGUUUGCACUAAAAUCACUGGUAUCAACACGUUUAGUCAACAAAAAGCGAACUCUCAACCAGUCAGUAUCAGUGUGCAUCCAGUUUCUCUAACACAUUUCCAGCCCUCCAUAGAAUAUAGCAGACGUAUUCCUACGGAAUAUUCAUCUGUCAAUCCACAUUUACAAACUAUAUAUUGCCCAGAUAUAUUUCAGCAUGAUCCACGCUAUCAACCUCCAAGCACUGUGAUGUCAAACUACGUACUACCUAAUGCUCAUCAAGCUCAGAUACAUCGUUUAUAUGGAAAUGGAAUUCAAAAUAUGAAUUUACCAGUGCCAGCAGCCACGACUCUUUGUUUUGAUCAUGUGCCAUGUGGAGUCACAAAUGACCCUAGUCAAACAUACGUGAUGCACUUAGGUAUGACUGCGGUGGAGCCUCACUGGAAUAGCGAGGAAAAACCAGUGUUCAACCGAAGAUUCCCGAAGAAACCAUUGGAAGUUAUUGAUCCUCGUGACGGAACAAGAGUUAAUAAAGUUGCACUUUCUGAAACGCAGUAG